CUAAAGGAAUGACCUGAUCUGUGCAUUGCGGCUAUCCAAUAAAGUAGCAAUUGCGCUUCGAAGAACAAACUCCGACGAGAACAACCAUUUGGGCACCUCGACUACCACCAUUCACAUCCAGGAAAUGGCGAGAAAGAACUCCUUCGAGGAAGCCUCAGUUGCUUUCAGACAGCACCUGCAUGACCUGAGCACGCCUCGUUUUACAACCGCUGCAAAGCAAACCCCUUACGAAUAUGUAAAGGACAUGCAAGACCAUCGCCAACCGCCUUGGCUGUAUGAUCUUACCAAAACCUGGGAAAAGUUGCUAGCUGAGCCGUACAAGGGUGUGACUAAUGAUGGCAAAGUGAGAGAUGGGCUUUUCGAAGCUAAAGACGAGGACUUUGACACAGAGAGUGUAGUCAAGAAGGUAGAUGGGCUAUUUGGCGAGUUGAAUGAGGAGCAGAAGAAGAAGAUGUCGUAUCCCAUCAACGCGCGGGAAUGGAGAGCCUGGAGUAACCCCGAAUUCCUGCUACGGCCUUUUGGCAUUCGACUCGAGGAGGUCCCCGAGUCCAUCGCACAGUCCGUACUGAAGGUGGUCGAAGCAUCACUCUCGCCUGAGGGCUACGUCAAGGCCCUUUCUGCCAUGCGCAUCAACCACUUCCUCGGGGAGGUUGUCAAACUCCCAAACAUCAUGAACAAGUACUCAUACAACUUCCUCAUCUUUGGCACACCUUCGUCAUCGCCGAGCUCGCCAUGGGGCUGGCUACUCUAUGGCCAUCACCUGGAUAUUUCAUGCUUCUUCAAAGGAAACCAGAUUAUACUCAGUCCCUCAUUCACCGGCGCAGAACCAAACGUCAUCGAUGAUGGGCAAUGGAAGGGUACCGCAAUUCUUCACAAGGAGGGUAACAUUGGCCUGAAGCUGAUGCAGAGUCUGAGGCCCGAACAGCAAAGCACUGCUCAGGUUUUCAAAAGCCUCCGUGACCCCGGCAUGAAGCAAGUGUAUGCUAACUCUAACAACGACGAAUCGCAGCGCGACGAACUCAUCACUGAUACCUGGGGUCCUGAUGAUCAGCGCCAUCACUGCGGUGCGUUCCGCGAUAACCGUAUUGUGCCCUACGAGGGCGUGGUCGCCUCUGACCUUACAUCCUCGCAACAGCAGCUCAUACUGGACAUCUGCAACGAGUUCCUUCUCUACCAUCCCACGAAGUCGCGGCAGCUGAAGCUCGAGCAAGUCAAAAGGUACUUCGCCGAGACAUACUUCUGCUGGAUUGGCGGCUAUGGCGAUGAUGAUGCAUACUACUUCCGCAUUCAAAGCCCGGUGAUCUUGGUCGAGUUUGAUCACCACUCCGGCGUCUUCUUAGCGAACAAAGAACCUGCAAAGUUCCAUACGCACACCAUUCUGAGGACGCCAAAUGCAGGUGAUUAUGGGCAGGCCAUCAGAGAGGGAGGUGAAAAGCUACAGUGAUUGUCGGAUGUCAAAGCGUUGUUCUAGCUAGACCUGCAA